UUGACUGAAUAUAUUUUGAAGGUGUCAGAAUAUUUAUUUAUUUGUAUGUAGUUUAUUUUUAUAUAUUUUGUUAUGUUUUCCAAAUGUAUUUCAUGUAUCAUGCCAGAUACGAAAAUAUUUCAAGUCGCAAGAAAAUUUAAUUAACAAUGAAGUGGAAAAAUGGGUGAUUAAAUUGUAAAAGUUUUGAAUAUAUUAUUAUAUCGAGGGGUAUAUUUUAUAUAAUACGCUAUAAUGUAUUCUAUGCUUAUUCUUCUGUAUGAUAUUCUAAUAAUUGCCUCUGCGAUGCGGAGUGACGACCAGACAUAUUGCACUUUGAGAUAUCGAAGGCUUUGUAUGGGGAAGGGAUCACACGUCGCUUGUCAAUUUCCUUUGGCGGGCGCGGGGGCUUCGUGUAGCAACUACACUAAAAUCAAAUUCACUAAUGUUUUAAAGCAUUUCGUGACGAGUUAUAUAAACAGACGACGUCAGCGGAUAGCGUCGGGUUCCGAACGUGUCCGCGGCGGUGCUCCUUUACCGCGACCGGAAGUGUGGGACAAAGAGCUAGCCUUUCUGGCCCAAAGGUUGGCAGACCAAUGUAACUUCGUACAUGAUGAUUGCCGAGCUACAGUUCGUUAUCCUUACGCUGGUCAGAGCGUGGGUGAAGUGCAUUGGAGAGGUACAGAGGAGCUCAGCCUCCAACGAGCGAUCAGACGCGUGUUGGACGCCUGGUGGGGGGAGAGGAGACGGGUCCAGCCGGAACAGCUCAUAACCCCCUUCAGACUUACUAACAAAGGCAGUGUUUGGGGUCACUUCAGCCAAUUGGCGGUGUGGUCUCUCAGGGCUGUCGGUUGCGGUGCCGUCAUCCACGGAUGGGAUUAUACUCGCCUGUUGUUAGUCUGCGACUUCUCUCACACCAACAUGUUGGGACAGAGGACCAUAUCCCCGGGACCUCUGGCCCCGUGUCCGAUACACACUGUGAGGAAACAAAGAAGUCCUUAUCCUUUAUUGUGUGCUCCCAUUAAGCGAUCCUUGGACACGGAAAAUGAAGAAAACGAUCUGAACAACGAUUAUCAGAACACACCAGACUAUGACGGGAUACGUGACACGGAAAUAACAAAAAGAUAUUCUAUGAACACGUAUAAAUAUGACGAAACAACUAAAAAUAAUAUGCUGUCAAUUCCAAGGAGAUAUACAUGGCUGAAACAUUCAGAAAUAAGUGAUCAGAAAACGUCUGAUUUGCUGAAACACAGGAUCAAACAAAUGAAAUUGUGGAAUAGUGUAAGGACGAGUAUGAAUUUGAGAAAGUAUAACCGAUGGGAGUCAUGGCCGACACGCGCAGACAUGAGAGAAGAUCAAGAGAACAAAGGGGAAGCAAAGCUGUUCAGGGCUCACAAAAAAUAUAACGCGCAUAAAGAUAACUUUCGAUUCUCCGAGCACUCUAGAAGAGUCACUACCGAGGCUGGAUAUCAAUCACUUCAAGAGUUUACCUCAAGGCAUAGAUGGAAACAAACAAGAAUAAGACAAAUGAGACCUGGAGCAAAGGCUUUAUUGAAUAAGCCGCUCGGAAAACUUCCCCAAAAGCCAAGCAUCGCGUCUUUGAUGAUUGACCAAGAUGACGUCGAGCAGCUCUACAGAGACACAGGGUUUCACCUCUACUUAAAGAAACAAACAGGAAUUGAAUAAAUGUAUUGUUCGUAAAA